CAGACUCAGCAGAAUGAAAAUGAGGUAGGCGUGAUUCCAAUUUCCAACUCGAUCCAUCAACCCAGGUGGUUGAUUAAUCCCGAAUGCCCCAAGUGGUUAGAUUCCCUCUGAACUGUAAGAAGAUGGAGAUUUCGAGAUGUGUUUUUGUUCUUCAUCUGUUCCUUCUCCUUGUUAGGUUUCAGAGUGUCUGCUAUGCUCUUGAUUCAUUUCCAGACCCAAGCUCCCAACAGCAGCUGGAUAGGGUUCUUGAGCUCCCCGGUCAGACCUUCAACGUAAGCUUUGCCCAUUACGCGGGUUAUGUAACAGUCAACGAGGCGUCCGGGAGAGCACUUUUCUAUUGGUUCUUCGAGGCUGUUGAAGACCCUUCUUCAAAGCCUUUGGUUCUUUGGCUUAAUGGAGGGCCUGGCUGUUCUUCAAUUGCUUAUGGGGAGGCAGAAGAAAUAGGUCCUUUUCAUAUUAAGGCAGAUGGAAAGACACUUUACCUGAACCAAUACUCUUGGAAUCAAGUGGCCAAUGUCCUAUUUCUGGAAUCACCAGUCGGUGUUGGUUUUUCUUAUUCAAACAAUUCCCUUGAUGUGCUAAACAAUGGAGAUAAAAGGACAGCUGAGGAUUCAUUAAUGUUUUUAUUGAAAUGGUUUGAGCGGUUUCCUCAAUAUAAAGGGCGGGACUUCUAUAUCACUGGAGAAAGCUAUGCAGGUCACUAUGUUCCUCAGCUUGCCCAAGCCAUUGUGAGAUAUCACUGUCCGACAGAGGAUAAAUCAAUCAAUCUAAAGGGGUAUAUGGUGGGAAAUGCUCUAACUGAUGAUUUUACUGAUCACAUGGGGGUUUUUCAGUUUAUGUGGUCUGCUGGUUUGAUUUCUGACCAAACCUACAAGCAGCUGAACCUUUUCUGUGACUUUCAGUCAUUCAUUCACACUUCAAAACAGUGUGAGAAUAUUCUAGAGAUUGCCAACAAUGAAAUUGGAAACAUUGAUCUAUAUAGCAUUUUCACCCCUACCUGCACUAGUAAUUCUAGCUUAUCACAUAGAUUGAUGAAAAGACUGCGUGCUGGUCGGAUCAGUGAAAAGUAUGAUCCAUGCACUGAGAAGCACUCCACUGUAUACUUCAAUUUACCUGAGGUUCAAAAGGCACUUCAUGUCCACCCCGAAGUUGCACCAACUAAAUGGGAAACUUGCAGUGAUGUGGUUAAUGAAAAUUGGAAGGACUCUCCUAAGACAGUGCUGGACAUUUAUCAUGAGCUUAUAGGUGCAGGGCUUCGUAUUUGGAUAUUCAGUGGAGAUACAGAUGCUGUAAUCCCAGUUACAUCAACCCGGUACAGCAUAGAUGCCCUUAAGCUUCCAACGAUUGGUCCUUGGCGCGCUUGGUAUGAUGAGGGACAGGUGGGAGGAUGGACCCAACAGUAUGUAGGUCUCAACUUUGUAUCAGUUAGAGGAGCAGGUCAUGAGGUCCCUUUGCAUAAACCCAAACUCGCUCUUUCAUUGAUCAAGGCCUUUUUGUCAGGAAGACAAAUGCCGACUUUAACAGAGUAUAGCGAUUCUUGAAUCACAUCAUAUAUUUCAUUUUUUUGUCAGAACUAUCAUGUUGGUGGUAUUGAUCCAAAAAAAAAAAAACUAUCAUGUUGGUGGAUUCAGGAAAGAUCAAUUGAAUUGAAAUACUGUAAAUCAAUCAUUCUGUUUGGUUGAAUUUUCAUAGACAGGUAAACUAGGAUUAUCAUUAUGGGGAAGCUAGGGAAGAUUGAUUCAAUUGAAAUGAUGGUAAUCCAUCAUUCUUUAAAUUCAUGAAUGUCGGUGGAGUUUGUAUAAACAAGUAAAUUGGGUCUUCUUGAUAUCUGUCUGUAAUUUGGUUUCCUUUUCCACAACACCUGAUAAGAUGUUUUGAACCUUGAAAGUUCAUGAAAAUAACUGCUGAUUAGCCUGUUCUAUGUUUCA